AUGUACAAGGUCCUGGUUGUGGGCACUGGGUGCAUAGGUUCGGUUUAUGCUUGUAUUCUUGCGAGGAGUAAUCGGACUCAAGUCACCUGUGUUUGCAGAUCCGACUACGAGUUUGUGAAGGAAUAUGGCCUGAAAGUAUCAUCAUCAAUACUAGGAGAGAUCCAAUCGAGGCCGACUGUGGUGCAAAAUGUCGCAGAAGCCAUUCAUCGAACACCUGGUGCGUUUGACUAUAUCAUUAUUUGCACGAAGGCAGCAGAAACAACUAUAGCAAGGGUGAUUGAGCAGAUCAAUCCUGCGAUCACGCCAGGCAUGACGUCUAUAGUCGUGAUACAAAAUGGCCUAGGCGUUGAACGUGUAUUCCAUACGGCAUAUCCAGAGGCAACAAUCAUCUCAGGUGUGGCGUACAUGCCGACAAUAAAGAUCUCUCCUGGCGUUUUCCUGCACUCUGAGAUGGAAAGACUUCAUCUCGGUCUGUAUCCAUCCGCAGUCGCGUCAAGAACACUGAUGACUUUUGCCGAGCUCGCUCGUGAGGGAGGAGCAUACAUCAUGAUUCAUGACGACAUUCAAGCUGAGCGAUGGCGCAAGGUGGUAGCAAAUGGAGCAGUCAAUCCGAUUUGUGCAUUAUCUAGAUGUCCGGACCGAAAAUUGGUGGAAUCGUCAACUCUAGGCUUUGAGCUUGUCAAAGAAGUCAUGGAAGAGAUCGCCGCUGUAGCGACAAGUGUGGGAUAUGGGCAUAUCGUGACACCCGCAACAGUGGAAAUGCAGUUUACCAGAACGCUGUCAAGGCCCUGGCCAGGAGUGCAGCCGAGUAUGAUGACCGAUGCACUCAACAAGCGGCCUAUGGAAGUUCAAGCAAUCAUAGGUGAGAUUGUCGCAAUUGCAGGUGAGAAAAAUGUUCGGAUUCCUCGACUGGCUACGCUUUACGUUCUAUUGAUGGGGCUGGAAAAGGCUCAGCAAGCUUGA